GCGUUUCCAUCCCCGUGUUGUCUGUUUGGGCUAUAAAAGCCUGGACUCGGUAUCUGCGGUUCAGACGCCAAAAUGAAGUUGAAAGGGAAGAAGCACGAGAGCUCUGACAACAAUGACGGCUCAAAGGGGAUGACACUUACACUGGCCCUGGUAGCGCUCAUCUCUGCCUUUGGAGCUUCUUUCCAGUAUGGCUACAAUGUGUCUGUGAUCAACUCUCCAGCCCCGUUCAUGCAAGAAUUUUACAACCAAACCUACUACUACAGGAAUGGAGAGUACAUGAGCAGUGAGUUCCAGACACUGCUCUGGUCUCUUACUGUGUCCAUGUUCCCUCUGGGUGGCUUAUUUGGGUCCCUCAUGGUGUGGCCUCUGGUCAACAAUUGUGGUCGAAAGGGCACUUUGCUGAUAAAUAACAUCUUCUCCAUUGUUGCUGCAGUCCUUAUGGGAACCUCAGAGAUAGCAAAAACCUUUGAAGUAAUCAUCCUUUCACGUGUUAUAAUGGGAAUAUAUGCUGGUCUGGCUUCCAACGUGGUUCCCAUGUUCCUUGGAGAACUGUCCCCCAAAAAUCUGAGAGGUGCUAUUGGGGUAGUGCCCCAGCUCUUCAUUACUGUUGGGAUCCUUUCAGCUCAGAUCCUUGGUCUCAACAGCAUCCUUGGGAAUGCUGCAGGCUGGCCCAUUCUGCUGGGGCUCACUGGCAUCCCUUCACUACUUCAGAUCCUUUUAUUGCCCUUUUUCCCUGAAAGUCCCAGAUAUCUGCUGAUACAAAAGGGCAAUGAAGAGCAAGCACGACAAGCUCUGCAGAGGCUGAGAGGCUGUGAUGAUGUCUACGAUGAGAUAGAAGAAAUGCGUCGGGAGGAUGAAUCAGAGAAGAAGGAAGGGCAGUUCUCUGUGCUCAGCCUGUUCACCUUCAGAGGCUUGAGAUGGCAGCUCAUCUCCAUCAUUGUCAUGAUGAUGGGCCAGCAGCUCUCGGGGAUUAAUGCGGUCUUCUACUACGCAGACAGAAUCUUCCAGUCAGCAGGUGUGGACACCAACAGUGUUCAGUAUGUCACUGUCUCCAUCGGUGCCAUCAACGUCGUCAUGACCUUGCUUGCUGUUUUCAUCAUAGAAUCCCUGGGGAGGAGAAUCCUUCUUCUUGCUGGCUUUGGGCUGUGCUGUCUCUCCUGUGCAGUUUUAACUUUGGCCCUCAAUCUCCAGAACACUGUCACGUGGAUGUCUUAUAUCAGCAUAGUGUGUGUCAUCGUUUACAUCAUUGGCCAUGCUAUAGGAGCCAGUCCAAUCCCUUCGGUGCUGAUCACUGAGAUGUUCCUGCAGUCAUCCCGGCCUGCAGCAUUCAUGGUGGGUGGCUCUGUGCACUGGUUAAGCAACUUCACUGUGGGGCUUCUGUUCCUCUAUAUGGAGGCUGGACUGGGGCCCUACAGCUUCCUCAUCUUCUGUGCCAUCUGCCUCGCCACCAUAAUUUACAUCUUCAUUGUUGUUCCUGAGACUAAGAACAAAACCUUCAUGGAAAUCAAUAGGAUCAUGGCCAAGAGGAACAAGGUAGAGAUACAGGAAGACAAAGAUGAACUUAAGGAUUUCCACACUGCCCCUGGUGGGCAGGCAGGGAAGACAGUAAGCUCCAGCAGUGAGCUGUGACCCAGCCUAUUGUUUGGACUGGCCAAGACAUUUUCAGGAUCUGUUCAUUUGGAGAACAAAUACAUUGGUUCAUCAUUUUAUACUGACCUUCAUUCAGACCUUCUUCAAACUUCCCACAACAGGCAUUUCCAAAUAAGCCAUUGUCUUAGGAGUGUUCUCAUUAUGAGUAAUUAGCAGAACUGUUCUGCCAAGGCAAAGUACCCAUCCAUGGUGUUUGUCAUGAGGAAAAGGCAGUGUUCUCAGCCAGCUCAAUCCUAUGAUCAAGUAUCCUAUGUCAUAAGCUGAGGCACAUCCCUGACAUGUCCUGACUGACAUCUCAGGUGACACAAGCCAGGCUUUUGAGUUCCUCUUAGGAACUGUCAUUCAUGUAUCUGAGGGUUCAGCAUGGGUGAUACCAAGUCUUCCAUGCUCUGGGGUGGAGAGAGUGUCAGUUGUUCUGAGGUACUUUGUUAGAUGAGCUGAUAAUAACACUUCUCCUGACAGCCCUUGUCCUUUGUGUGCUUCAGAGGACCACUAAACUGGAAAUCACCUCACCUCCACUCCACUCACUCAGCUCUCUCCUUCAAAUCAAACCCACUCCCCAGUCAUUGCUGAUGAGUGCUUCCAAAGCCUCAUUUUUGGGGUUAGGAGUUCUCCAUCUGGUUGUUCAUUCACAGCCAAUUUAUACUCAUUUGCUCCAGUGUCACUCUCAUGUUUAAGCUGUUUAGAUAAUUUCACUCCUCAGUGUUUACAUUUCAGUCACCAAAGGGCAACGAAUCCCUCUCUUAAUCCUUUAAAAACCCCUCUGUCCCUAUUCUGUACACAUGAACCACCUGGGAGAUCACUCGUUGAACUCAGAACCUCCCUGCUUUGUCACAGGAGUCAAAUUCAGGUUGAUUCCUGUGCAAUGGAUUACAAGUUGGAGCCUGUGUUUGCAAACAUGUCCAAAUUUGUCUUUAGUUUCUCACACUGAGUUGUUUAAACUUAGUUUUUGAAAUAACUCAUCUCAUGGUAUUGAAAAAGACUCAAAGAAUAUUCAAUUGUUUUGGAGCUGGAUCCAUCUGCUGUCUUCUGGUUGUCCCCUAAGGACACCAUUCCACCUCAUGGCUAAAAUGGUUUGGAAAAGAUCCCAGUCUGAGGGACUAGUGCAGACUCUCAGAAGAAAGUAAAGUGCACACUGAUAAAAGUUGAGGAUUUCUUAAAGUAUUUAUUAGCUAAAGGGACUUGGGGGUUAAUAAUGGCACAACAGAACAUGAGAAUAUUAAAUUCCAAUGAUUGUUACGUGGGGCUGCUGCCCACUGCUUUGAAAAACAUUGA